UUGUUUUUCUAUUGUUUUGGACAAAUUAAUUAUCUGUCAGGAUAGUUUCUGACGGUUAAUGCCUCGCUAUCCAGGUGUGAGCCUCCAAGUCAGGUGAGUUGUUAACAAUUCUUACUUUCGGUUUCGCGGUUGUCUCCUUUGCGCAUGCGUGAAUACCAGGAACCGUUGUAGUGAUUAUACAACCGCUAGUGUUACUUUGUGUGUAUUCACAACAAAUCAUGGCCGUGUCAAAUGAACAUUAUCGUAUCAUCCUCCUGGGAAAGUGUGGAAGUGGAAAAAGCUCCACGGGUAACAGCCUCCUCGGGGAAGACAACUUUCAGACAGCAUCAGGUGUGGGGGGUGUGACGAUGGAGCUGCAGCGAUCCGUGGCGGUGCAAAAGGAACGAAAGGAAGGACAAAGACGAACAAUUGAGGUGACGGACACGCCAGGUUUCUCAGAGACCAAAGCAACAACCCAAGAAAUGGUAACAACGGUGGUGAAGUCUGCGACCGUCUACCGACCUGAGUUUAUCACCUUUGUCUACGUCAUGAAGUUUAACGGCUACACCCGACAUGAUUUUCUCAUGUACAAGCGAUUCCUGGAGACCUUCGGGCCAGACAUGAUUAGGUACACCAUCACUCUGUUUACAGGAGGAGAUUACUUAAAGAGGAAGAACCACAGAGACGAGCUGGAGAGGCUGAUGGGUCAAGAUUUCUUUCAGCUGUCCAGCAACUACAUCGUGUUCGACAACACAGCCUCUCCGACAGACAAGAAAAACCAGACCUACCGCCUGCUGGAUAAGAUCAAAGAUGUCCAGGCGGUGAAUAGCAAGAAACCAUUUACAUUCGACAUCCUAGAGAGGACCGAUGAGUACUUAAGAAAGGCUAUAAAGAGGAAAGUAUCUGAGGUCGACAAAGAUGAGAAGGAAAAGAAACCCAAGAAGGCGAAAACCGAUGUCGGAAAAGCGGUGAAAGUUGAAGUUAUUUAGGAAUAAACAGUUCACACAUCAUAUAGAGCUUCUCUUACUCUUGACACACUCUUGCAGCAUGCACAAAAAGACAAGAAGAAGAAAAGCUCGCAGUGAGACAGGAGAAAUAAGGUUUCUCAGCUUCUAUUUAUUGUGUUCAUGACAGUAGUUCAGUGCAUGGUUUACACAUUAUUACUUUUGUACUGUACUUUCUGUACACCUUACUACUUUCUGUAUGGCAUUUGUUUUAACGAUUCAAAAAGAUCAGAGGGUGUUAUUCCUCCAUUUAAUCAUGACAUAUAUAUUUAUAUGUUUUACUAACAAGAUGAUUAUGUAUAACAACAUCUUUACCUUGCACAUUAUCUGACGUAUGUUUAGAUUUGUUUUAAUGUUUCUUUUUGGGGAAUUUAAUUUGUAGUUUGUUUUUAAAUUGAUUAAUUGUUUUCAUAACACCUCCUUACUGUACAAUUAUUGUAGUCGUCAGAAAAUUUUAACUAAAAUUUCUGUUAUGUGAAGUAAUCACAAUUAUCAUUGUCUAUCGUGAUGUCUUAUUGCAAUCACUGAAACAUUUUCUGUACUUAGACGAUUUUACUUCAAAGGAUUACACAGUCCACUAGUGACAAUAGCAGCAAGAGCCACGAAAAGAUAAAUGUAAAAAGAAAAGGUAGAACCAACAUUAAAACAUAAGACCCAUUGUCAGCAAGAAAAUAUUAUUAGACUAACAGUUUGUGUCAGGCUGCCUUCAGUCCUCGUGUCCCAGGGCAAAAUCGGAAACAAAGAAAAGCAUCUAGUUCUUCGUUACUAUGCCCAGACCCCACGGACACCACUUACUGUUUCUGUACCCCAGGGCAUCUUUGCCACCUCUUAAUAACUACAACUCAAGGGUAAAACAAAACUUGUGGGGUCUGAACACCGUGGAGACGAGACCAUUUUCCUUCACUUACCCUAUAUCCCCAGGGCAACUACUUACCCUCGCUUGAUAACGGUGGCUCGGGGUUCGAACCGUGCCAGCUGGCUGCCAAACAAAGGUUAUUGACACACAACAGUCAGUAGAAGUUCAAACGCAGUAUUUCAUUCACCUGAACUGCAUGACAUGUUAUGUGAAAUGUUAUGUGAUUACCUGUUCUGAUGUAUAUCAUCCCAGUUUGUUACUUCCCUACACUCCCCUUUGUCUUCCCCCUUUGUUGUAGCUGUGGAUCAGCUCACAUUAGUCUUCUUGUACACUUCCCCAUGUAUGUUGUGUAUCAAGCUGGUCGAUUUUAAAAAAGUCAAUAAGCAAGAACAUUAAAAAUGUUUAGUUUAGAAGAGUGAUAAAAAUGUUUCGAAAGCUUCAAAAUAGUUUUAGCAUGUGCGCGCGCGUGUGUGUGUGUGUUUGCUUGCGUGUGUGGUUUAUUUACUACAUUUGAUACACAAUCAACAUAGAAAACAUUUUUCUUUUCCAUUCCUUAAAUCUGACUCCAAGUGCAGGCUAACAGAAUUCCAGAAAAUAAACUUUCUGAAAGACAUUCACAUCCGCCUCGUACUGUACAUUAGGACAAUCCUUAUUUUCAAGCAAAAGUAAUUACAUUCUUGCUGUAAAUUUCGAUAUAAUAAAAACUGAAAACUGGAAUAUUUUAGAAUAAAUAUUUUACGAUAUCUUAUAAAAUUUAUUAUAUCAUAAUUAUCUAUAGCAUAUGAUAUCUUUACCGUCAUCAUUUUUCUCAUUGCUCUUUCCUCUUAAAGCCACAAGCAUUCUGUCCUUCAAUCUUCAAUCUGCAGACAGAACAUCACAAAAUCAAAUCGCGAGAACAGUAAUAACACUGCACAUUAAGAUGUCCGUAUGUGUGUGUGUAUGUUAUUACCAAUGCCCGAAGUUUAGUCAGCUCCCUCAUUGACCGGCCAUUGCCCACUGUGGCUGAGAGGUUGAAUUCUGUGUAUGGGAAAAGUACUUCAGCCCAUUCUUGUGGGUCCUGCAGCAAAGAUGUCCAUGCAAUUUAAGUAAUGAAGCAGACGAAGGGUACGGAGGAAUACUCACUUGCAGGUCAGCAGCUCAAGUUAGUUUGCAAGUUCAAGGUGCGAAGAUGUAUAAAAAUUCACAUGCAAAAUUCCCACCGACGAAAGUUGGAGAUAAUAUGUAGCAUCUGUAUACCAGGUCCCAGUGAUCCAAGAAGAGUUCUUGCAGUUGUCAUGAACGUCGAUGGAGCUUGCUACAUACUAUUUUGAUUGUAUGUGUGGUCGCGAACUCUACGCCACAUCUGACCUCGAUCGCUCUCAAAAAGCUGUCUAACCGGUCUUGCCUCGGUGGCCUAGGACACAACAAGAAAGUUCAGCCCACGGUUACCUCCUUUGCGCAUGCGCGUAUUCCUGGAAUCCUCGGCCGCCAGACGUAAACACUCCUGCGAUCGUACAACUGAUAUUAUUCUGCGUGUAUUCAAAGCUAAUCAUGAGCAAACCGUCAGAGGAACAUUUUCGUAUCAUCCUUCUGGGAAAACGUGGUAGUGGAAAAAGCGCCACAGGUAACACUCUUCUCGCGGCAGAGAAAUUCCAGACAGACUCAGAUGGGACAAAGGAGCUGAAGAGAUCCGUGGUGGUGCGCGACGAACGAAAAGAAGGAAAAAAACUAAUAAUUGAGGUAACGGACACACCAGGUUUCUCAGGGACCAAAGCAACAACCCAAGAAAUGAAAACAACUGUGGUGAAGUCUGUGAUGGCCUACCGACCUGAGUUUUGCAUCUUUGUCUACGUCAUGAAGUUCAACGGCUACGAGAAAGAGGAUUUUGAGAUGUACAAGCGAUUCCUGGACCUCUUUGAGCCAGAAAUAUCCCCAUACACCAUCCUUUUAUUUACAGGGGGAGAUUACUUAAGGGAAAGGGACUACGGCGAGGAACUGCAAAAACUGCUGGGUCAGAAUUUCCCCGCGAUCUCUGAUAACUUUCUUGUUUUUGACAAUAAAACUUCCAUACUAAAGAGAAAGAAAAAACAAACAGAUGAACUUUUGGAUAAGAUCAGAGAUGCUAUGGGAAAGACCAAAGAGAAACCGUUUCAAUCUGACUUACUGAAAGAGGUCGACAAGGCAGUAAGACAGGCUGUGAAGAGGGGAGCGGGUAAGGUGAAAAAAGAAGGGAAAAAGAUCAAAGUUGAUAAUGGGGAAAGUUGAAGGCCAAGGUACAUCUAGAUGGAUGUGGUAGUACUUAUGGAAGUCAAAAUAUUGACGACAGCUUUGUUCGAGGUUUCAAAGAUGUGUCACGUGACUUAAAAAAGUAUUUUAAGCAUAUUUUAUUCACUCAAUUCAAUAUUUGUAUAUGAGAAUUAUCAUUGCUACAUAUACCAUUCAGAGUAUCUUUACCUCCUGACACAUUCUUUCAGUACGAACAGAAAGACAUGAGAAGAUAAAGAAAAUAUCAGGGAAUAUGAGAAAGAGAAUUAAAGGGAAGAAAAGAGUAUUUACCAGAUUCUACUCUUUGUGUUCAUACCAACAGUUCAAUGUAUGACUUCCAUAUUAAAGUACAUAAAUCCUCAUUAUGCUUUGUUACACCAUAUCUUUAAAAAAUUUUCUGUUCUUUACAAUUUUCAAAUAAUCAUCAGAGAUGGUUUUAUUAUUAUACCUUUGUAUAUCUAUAUAGGUGUCUUACUAGCAAUAUGUCUAAAAUGUUUGCAUAUAUCUACAUAUUAAUAUAUACAUACAUAUCUUCUUGUACUUCAAAUAAAAUAUGCUCUUUAGAAAAGUGAAACUUUUGAAGGAUGUGCAUUUAGUGGUCAAGACUGGCUGUAGCUCUUGCCAGAAUACACUAGGACCCUGACAUUGCCAUAAGACAGGAUUGACUGUCUCUUCCACAACAAGAUACACAGAAGUUAAUCUUUCUCAUUCUUAUGAAAAGGAAAAUGCUAUAAACUAUUCAUCACUGGAACGAUUUUAGUUGUCCUGUCAUUUAUUUAAUACAAGUUUCCAAGGUAUCUUUUCAAAAUUAUCAUUUUAUUUAAUCACUGCAGGCAGAAAAAACUUUGUUAAAGAUUUAUAUCCCUUGCAAUCUUUGGCUAUACUUUGCUAUCCUUUUGUUUGUUAUCUUUAAGAAUUUUAAUUUGUAGCUUAUUUAGAAAUUGUUUAAUUGCUUCUGUAGCACAUCCAAACUGUAAACAAAUUGUGGUCGUUGAGACACAUUUUAUUGUUUACUGAACAGUUUUUUGCGCAUAUAUGCAAUAUCUGCAUUAUUCAUAAAAAUGUCUACAUGCAUGCUAUACUGAUGGUGUCAUGAUGCUCGAGGGACUGUUUCAGUCUUUAAUGAAUACAAAACUUGUUAGAGAUUAGGCCUGAAGCCAAUGUGUAGUUGACUCAAUGAAUAAAGUUUAAAAGGAUGAAAAAAACAAGCCAUGCUUAACAACUAUCUAUGGAUCCCUUAAUCUCUACUUCGUAAUCAAUUCCCAAUUUUUGUAUAUUUUCUUAAAAAGAAACGCUAAUAAUGCACUUUGUUUCUUGUCCAAUUUACACUUGCAAAUAAAAUUGUUGCUUCUGGUUGAA